UGCUGUGUAAUGCUGAGGGCGUAGCAGGUUUAUGGGAGUUUCUUUUUUAAUCAAACUGAUUGGAGCUCUGCUGGCCUAUAAAAUAUGGGACUGCAGAUGGAGAGGUCAGAAGCAAAGUAUCAAAACUACAGGGUCACUGCUGCCUCUGUGCCCCCAUUUAUAAGUUUAUAUACACUGGGGGGUGGUGGUGCCCACAUGGUUGAAAUUGCAUCGCUGGAUUUGUUGUCCCUCGUCCUCCACAGUGUCCUGUGAAGCCAUGGCCUCCGGUCUUCCCCUCCUCCUGCUGGUCCUGUGCAGUCUGACUGCGGCCGAAGCUUGGCUGAGGUUGUACAACCUGCGGGCCCGCGGUCUUGACUCUGACCCUUUUUCAGCCGCAGAUGGCUACGUUAAGGUGAUCAUCUACGGCUCUGCCCAUCUUGGGACGACAUCCGUCAAACUCAACAACCCAAACCCCUUUUGGACCGAGGAGUUCUCCUACUUCGAUGCCUCGGAGAAUGACAUCCUGAGGCUCGAGGUGUUCGACAGGGACCUCGUCUACGACGACCUGCUGGGAGUCUGCCAGAGACGGAUCAAAGUCGGAACCCAUCAGCACGACUGCUGCCUGGAGGAAGGCGGAACGCUCUAUUACACAUAUACCCUUGGUGGUCAAUAGGCUCGCUUAGAUGUGUGAGAAACAGACUGAAAACAUGCCAAGAUCAUUUUGCAGAAAUAGAAAUAGCGGGAAAGAAAACAAAAGAAAUAGCAGCUGAAAGAGUAGCUUGAAAGGGGCUUUUAUUGAAUUUAGAAAAUAACUAUAAUACCCCUUCUGUAUUCCCCAUAUCUUUGAUCACCCUACUUAUCCUUUUACUUUGAUCACAUGAUCUUUUGAUGUCUCUUUUCUUCGCUGAAUAAAACAUGUUUCAAAUAAUAAUGUCAUUAAGAUAUAUGCCUGUUUUAAAUCUUAAUUUGCCAUUAUUUAAUUUUUGUUUUUAAAUGUUUAGAUGAUUUUUUCCUCUAGUACUUUGAUUCUUUCCUCCAUAGUUAAAAGAGACAAACCUGUUUAUUUGUUCAAAAUGUUUGAAUUACUAAUAAUAUAAAACAACAAUAUAAUAAAACAAAUGGCCUGACA